AUGAAUAAACAGAUACACGAGACCAAGACCCAAGCACACGAGAUCGAGACCCAAGCACACGAGAUCGAGACCCAAGUACACGAGACCAAGACCCAAGCACACGAGACCAAGACCCAAGCACACGAGACCAAGACCCAAGCACACGAGAUCGAGAACCAAGCACACGAGACCAAAACCCAAGCACACGAGACCAAGACCCAAGCACACGAGACCAAGACCCAAGCACACAGAGACCAAGACCAAGCACACAGAUCGAGACCAAGCACACGAGAUCAGACCCAAACUCUACGAGACCAAGACCCAAGCACACGAGAUCGAGACCCAAGCACACGAGACCAAGACCCAAGCACACGAGAUCGAGAACCAAGCACACGAGACCAAAACCCAAGCACACGAGACCAAGACCCAAGCACACGAGACCAAGACCCAAGCACACGAGACCAAGACCCAAGCACACGAGACCAAAACCCAAGCACACGAGACCAAGACCCAAGCACACGAGACCAAAACCCAAGCACACGAGACCAAGACCCAAGCACACGAGAUAGAGACCUGAAAAAAAAGGUUUCGAGACCUACUGAUACGAAUUUACCAACGAACAUAUUUAUAUGA